GAGAGACUUAGGAAUUUGGGUUUCGGGAAGGUUUUCGGAGGGUUUAGACAAGUGGUCAUUGUUGUUGUAGAGGGUGUGUGUGUUGUUUUUGUUUGCAUGUUAGGGUUCGGAUCAUCGCCAUAGCCGUCGCCGUCGCCAUUGCUAUUGCUGCUGAUAAGGUAGUAAGUAACCCGGUCCGGCUCCAUGCCGGCCUCGGGGGGAGGCAGCACCGAGGUGCUGGAGGCUGUGGAGCCCCAGUCCCUGAAGAAGCUCUCCCUCAAGUCCUUGAAGCGCGCCUUGGAUAUCUUCGCGCCUACUCAUGGCGAUCGCAACGGCGCGAUGCCUGAGAGUUGCAAAAUUCGUAUCAGUUGCAAGGUGAAUGAUGAGUAUGCUGCUGUCAAGGACAUGCCGGCUGCAAGCACUAGGGAGAAUGUUGGUGCAAAACCAGGAGAUAAUGGACUCCAAAGCUUGCGAGUCCCUGGCUCAGAGCAGCCUACUACAAAUGCAGGACCAGCAUCUGGAAAAGGAGGAGGCAAGCAACUUGCAUUGGUGCCUGCUCGGGCUCAACCUCCAGUUCCAGCACCGGUUGUUGGUGCUGCUCCUGCAGCUCCUGCUGUGGAUCGUACUUCUACAGCUAUUGCAUCGACUGACCGACAUCAACCAAGCGCUGCGGUUAUGAAGAGGCUUCCUAGUAAAUGGCCAAAGCCUGUCUGGCAUCCACCUUGGGUGAACUAUAGGGUUAUUAGUGGGCACUUAGGGUGGGUGCGGUCGAUAGCAUUUGAUCCUGGAAAUGAAUGGUUUUGUACAGGCUCAGCUGAUAGGACCAUCAAGAUUUGGGAUAGUGGAACUGGACAGCUGAAACUUACUUUAACUGGCCAUAUCGAGCAAGUUCGAGGCCUUGCAGUGAGCGCCCGGCAUCCUUAUUUAUUCUCAGCUGGUGAUGACAAACAGGUCAAAUGUUGGGAUCUUGAAUACAAUAAGGUUAUUCGGUCAUAUCAUGGUCAUUUGAGUGGAGUUUAUUGCUUAGCUCUUCAUCCUACACUUGAUAUUCUCAUGACUGGGGGUCGAGAUUCAGUGUGCCGAGUAUGGGACAUUAGAACCAAGGCCCAGGUGUUUGCAUUAUCAGGACAUGAGAACACGGUCUGCUCUGUGAUUACGCAGGCAACUGAUCCACAAGUUGUAACAGGAUCACACGACACAACUAUUAAACUUUGGGAUCUUGCUGCAGGAAAAACUAUGUCGACGCUGACAUUUCACAAAAAGUCAGUCAGAGCAUUAGCGAUGCAUCCUUUUGAACAUACUUUUACUUCAGCGUCAGCGGACAACAUUAAGAAGUUCCGGCUACCAAAGGGAGACUUUUUGCAUAACAUGCUUUCUCAGCAGCGGACAAUUGUUAACUGCAUGUCUAUCAACGAAGAUAAUGUAAUGGUAUCAGCAGGUGAUAAUGGAAGUUUGUGGUUUUGGGAUUACAAAAGUGGGCAUAACUUCCAGCAAGCGCAGACAAUCGUGCAGCCUGGUUCUCUGGAUAGUGAGGCCGGAAUUUAUGCUCUUUCGUAUGAUCAGACAGGGUCUCGGUUGAUUACGUGUGAAGCAGACAAGACUAUUAAAUUUUGGAAGGAAGACGAAACAGCUACACCAGAAUCACAUCCUGUACACUUUAGGCCGCCGAAGGACAUGCGCCGGUUCUAAUAUUGCGCUCAACAUUGGAAAUGCAGGCUAUAACGAUGUAAGGCGAGGAUGGCAUGUCUUUGUAUUGAGGAUUCGGAGGUUGUCAUCUGUUCACUUUUUCUUCUUAAAGGAUCAGUAAUCUUUCUUGCCCCUUAUUUUACUCAAAUGCAUGUGGCAUCUCUUGUACAUUAUGAACAUCUUCAAUAUAGAAUCUGCGUUGAGUGAAGUUGUGGAAACAGAAAGAAGUUUCAAUUGCAAUUUUUACUUCCUUUCCCAGAUCCACUAAGAACAUCUUGUGGGCCUUCUGUCUGGCCUUAUUUUCUGAAUCACGUUGCAGGUGAUAUUAGAUUGUAGUUUGGAUUUAAACACAGCAAUCUAUUUUAGAACAGGUUCUGCUACGUGAUACUUGUUGACAUAUGAGUACUAAAUUAUAUUGUUUAAACAAGUUUUUUACUGCUAGAGUUUUUAUUUUCGAAACGCAUCCCUCAAUUUUUGCGGGAUGUAUGUACAUGGGAACUGCCGUAUUUGAUCUGAAUAUUUUUUCGACAAACUAA